UCGGAAGAUUAGUUUUUCGUCGGACAGCAAACGGUACGGUUUCGUCGAGUCGUACACCAUUCUGUUCAGUUUUGUGGUUCAGUUUUGUGAAGUGUUCGUGUCUUCUUGAAGGAUUAUCGUGUGACAAAAUGUGGUAUUCAAGCGUGCUGGUGCGUUUUACUUCGGCGUGUUUUUGGCAUGGUAAUUUGUGAGAAGAUCGGAGUAGUGUUCGUACGUUCAUUACUAGGAAGGAGCAGUGCAAUUACACAGCCAUCUUGGCGCCAUGUUAAUGUCAAAGCACAUGUUCCCAGCAAUCGUCCUUUGUCUUCGGUGAAUAACACACAUCCGAUAUACGUCGAUCGCCAUUUUGUGUGCCAGCAACCGGUACGAGCGUUCUGUUGUUUAACGGUGUUUCUAGUGAAAUCGUUCAGUUUAGAAGAUUUAUUGCGUUACGAAGUGUGAUCUCCAAUUGUGCCCUAGAGUGUGUAUCAUUCGAUUCGUUAAGCUUUCUGUAGUAGACCUCUUCCAUGGUCUAUAAAGUGUCCCGAAAUUCAUUUGUCUCUGUGUGUCGCAGUAAAUUGUUUUCACACUGGGAAACGUAAAUAAAGUCAGUUCCAUCGACGGACAAAAUUUUCCACCAGUAGACGGCGAACGAGCAAUGACGGCAGAAAAUCUCCUGCAGACAGUACUUCAUCAUUAGUACUUCACCAUACAUCAUCUUCAUCCUACCGGGCAAGGCAACCGGUAGCUGCCAACGGCACAAUAUUUAUGCAAGUCGAUCGUAGCACCGAUUGGCAAGCAUCGCUUGUUGCAUCAUCCGUCGUCACCGUUCGUUCGGAUUUUGGUUCGCCUGUCAGCAAGCAUUCGCACCGCCUAGACUAUUUUUUACGAUCGCCCCAGUAGACACGAUUAAUUCGUGGUGCACUAAGACGCACGGCACCGGAAGUGCUGCCGCCAUCAUCAUCAUCGCAAUCAUCAAGUAGUGUGUUUGCUCGUAUCAUACACAUCAUCAUCGCCGCGCGCGCACCACAAGACUGUCCUCCACCACCACCACCACCACCACCAACAACAACAUCACCCACAACGUCGUCCACACCCGUGGUUGCCUUCAAACAUUCAAGAAAAGGGGAACUUCUUUUGGUCCCGUUUAUUUGUGCACAAAACUUUCGGGGAGAAACAUUAGGAUACCCGGAGGAAUCUCGAAACCUCCUGCCUGAAUUUGAAGCAUUGAAAAUUGUUCCGGCAUCCGGCAACGUCUCUACACCUGAUAUAAUACAUUCUCAGGACGAAUACCCGUAAUUCAAAGCAAUCGUUUAAAGAAUAGAAAAAGGUUAAAAAGAUCCUUUCCGGUGGAAGCUCCUCUACUAACGCACAUGUGCGUUUGUUCCAAAGACUGACCUUUCAAGGCCAUUUAAAACCGAAAAACAAACAACCGAGAGAUCCAGACUAGAAGUGUACGGUCGGAGAAACAUUUUCCUCUCCCGCUCGGUUUUCUUCCUUGCUCGCGCACGAGUUCAAGGUGGCGGAUCGGCGAAAGAAAAGCGCAGAAAUGCCGAAAAAUCUGCGACCACCGACGUCGAGCAGUGCGUAUGGACGCAUUGGGCUGGUGCCGGAAUCGGACGAUUCGCUCCACAGCCAGGAAGUGGAACCUCAGGUGACGGAGGCUUCGCUGGAAAUAUGGCGCACGCUUCCGGCCGCCAUCCGGCAGGAUCCCAGCCUGGCCUCGUUCCGCCAGGAGCACGAGCGAUUACACGGCCCGGACGAAGACCCGCUACCGAACGAGGAUGUGUCGGCGGACGACGGAGACGAUAGCAAUAGCAAGGAGUUCAUCACAAUCAAGGUCACCAAUCCGGACUCGACGGUCGAGGAUGGCAAGACGGUGGCGGUGGAGCAGUGCGAGAAGAACGGCCAGAACACGACGGCGACGGAUGGCGAGGGGGACGAUGGCCACGAGACGACCAUGGGGCCGCACCACGAGCACGGCAAGCUGUUCAAUUACGUUAAGGUCGGCACACUGCUCGUCGUUUGGCUCUUCUUCACCGGGUUCCUGAUGUCGGUACACGAGAAGGAACUGUGGCCACGCCAGCUGUCCGUGCCGGAGGGAAACAAUCGGACGUACAUAUUGCCCGAAGCGCCACCGUUCUCUAGGAUUGGGAUUUACCUAAGAGGUGCCUUCCUGAGUGAUCAACAUCACAACAAUACGGACACGUACGUCUCGGUUAACCUGCAGCUGCUCUAUCUAGCGAACGACAACUCCAACUCGAGCUACCUGCAGGAACACACGGAGAACAUCACCCACGCCUGGAUGGUGCCGAUACCGGACAGCCUGGAAAAGAUCGAUACGAUGGAUGAGAUCAGCCGCAAGCACGUGUUCGACAUCGGUCCCGUCGCACACCAGAAGGUAGCGAGCGGGAAGGCGGUGGUGCGCGUGCGCAUGGCCUCCAACCUCGCCGGUGACUUCCCGACCAAGUUCACCUACGAUCCGACGCCGAUGGACACCGAGACGGGCGUGAUCUACGCGGCGAUCGUCCUGCUCGGCCUGUACGUCCUCAUCAUCUGGGAGAUCGUCCACCGGACGUUUGCGGCCAUCAUCGCAUCCACGCUCGCCAUCGGUGUGCUGGCGGCCAUGAACGAGCGACCCAGCAUGCCCAAGCUGAUCUCGUGGAUCGACGUCGAAACGCUGCUGCUGCUGUUCGGAAUGAUGAUCCUGGUGGCGAUCCUCUCGGAGACCGGCAUCUUCGAUUAUCUGGCCGUGUACGCGUACCAGGUCACGAACGGCAAGGUGUGGCCGCUGGUGAACUGUCUGUGCAUCUUUACGGCGGUACUGUCCUCGUUCCUGGACAACGUUACCACCGUGCUGCUGAUGACACCGGUUACGAUACGACUGUGCGAGGUGAUGGAGUUAAAUCCGGUGCCGGUGCUGAUGUCGAUGGUGAUCUACUCGAACGUCGGUGGUACACUGACGCCGGUCGGAGACCCUCCGAACGUCAUCAUCGCCUCGAACAGUUACAUCGCGAAGAAUGGAGUUAACUUUGCCACCUUCACGCUGCACAUGGCCAUACCGAUCUUCUUCGUGAUGAUCACCACCUACUUCCAGCUGCGUAUGAAGUUUAAGAACAUCAACGACCUCCGGUUCAGCGAGCCGCAGGACGUGCAGGAGAUUCGACACGAGAUUGCCGUAUGGCAGCGGGCGGCCGCCUCGCUAUCCUCGUACUCGAAGGAUGAGGAUCUGGUGCGCGAGACGCUUCUCAAGAAGGUGAACCGAUUGUCGCGCUCGCUGAAGAAGAAGCUCGUCUCCGGCUCGGUACCAGUCGAAAGCUACAAGGCUACGCUAGAAGAAAUGAAACGGAAGUACCCCAUCCGCAGCAAGACCCUGCUGGUGAAGUCGGCCAUCACGUUGGCGUUCGUGAUCACGUUCUUCUUCCUGCACUCGGCACCGGACAUACAGAAACUGUCCCUCGGCUGGACCGCACUGCUCGGUGCACUGCUUCUACUGAUUCUGGCCGAUAGGGAAGACAUCGAAUCCGUUAUUGCACGCGUCGAAUGGUCCACCCUGCUGUUCUUCGCUGCCUUGUUCAUCCUGAUGGAGGCACUGGCCGAGCUGGGGCUUAUCGAUUGGAUUGGCAAGCAGACGGAGAAUGUGAUCCUGUCCGUGUCGGAAGAAUCUCGGCUCGCUGUGGCCAUCCUGAUCAUUCUUUGGGUAUCCGCGUUUGCAUCUGCCUUCGUUGACAAUAUUCCACUCACCACGAUGAUGGUGAAGAUUGCCAUCGGUCUUGCCGAGAAUGAGACACUGGAUCUGCCACUGCAGCCCCUCGUGUGGGCCCUUGCCCUCGGAGCUUGCUUAGGAGGUAACGGUACACUGAUCGGUGCCUCCGCCAACGUUGUGUGUGCCGGUGUUGCUGAGCAGCACGGUUAUAGAUUUACGUUCAUAGAAUAUUUCAAGGUCGGUUUCCCAGUGAUGGUCGGUAGCGUAAUUGUCUCUACCAUCUACCUAAUGUUUGCCCACGUGGUCUUCACCUGGCACUAAGUAGCUCCCCCCGAGCCCCACAUCCAACGAUGGUUGCUGCCGUAACCCCAAACCGGGGGUUGACUGGAUCGAUCCCGAAAUCCUCCAAAAACCCCACGUGCGUGUGUGUCUUGAGUGUAGCAUUUAAGUGUAGCAAAAUGGGACAUAGGAGGGUAAACUCGAGGCAAAGAAGGUGUGCUUGUGUGUGAGUUGCCAUUACAAAAUUCUGUAAUGCCGUUGGACUUCCGGGGUAACAAGGCACCACCCGGAAACCGUCGUGUUGUGCUGUGCGCGAAAAUGUCCCGAGCUUUGCGGUGGGGUCACCAAUAGAAAACAAAGAAAAACCCGCAGUUAUUUAUGUGAUAGUUUCUACGGUAAAGCAUUUUUCAAGAGUCAUGCCCACCCCAUCCCUGUACAAGCGCCCGAAUGUGUGAACAGGAUUCGCCACGAAACCCCCAACAGCAGCAUACGAUCGCCCUUCCCGUACCGAAGUGAUGCCACCUUCCACGUGCAAUAUUUACCAAGAUCAAUUACACGUCCCAAGAUUACGAUCAUACAUAACACUAGAACCAUGGUGGAAAGUGUAAUCCCGUUAAAGAAUCCCCAAGCCACAGUGCACGCAUUAUCUAGUGCAUGCCAUAAUGUGAUAAACUUUACCAGAAUGAAUUAGUAACCCCGAUUUGAUUGGAGUACACCGUAAUUUGAAGAAAAGAGUCCUUGUGAGCACUACUGAAUACUACUCUUAUUCGUUACAAUCAUAAAAUACAACUAUCGAGCUAUAGCUCUGUAAGCUUGAAGGGGAAAAAGCUGGUAGGUUAAAUAGAGUAAAAAGUAGAGAAGUUUGGGUGGAUCGAAAACCACCCAGCACAAGAACCAAAACGACUCUAGGCAACAUUUGCUGUCAAAUGGCAUGCAUUUGCUGCACCUUUCCUCAAUCCAAUCCAAACCCCAAAUUUCCGCCACACCAAGCGGAGUGUAAGUCAAUUUGAGUGUCGAUAGCUACAAAAAAAAGAAAUGGGAAAGAGUAUGGGAGGAAAAUACAAAACUAUAAGGAUAACGGUAGAAUCUGUUUGAAAAACAAAUCUAAAAAUAUACACUACCACUAUAAGAACACACUACCAACAAUGAACCAUUUAUCUAAGGGCUUAAAAAACGGAAUCAUGGGGGCAUUACGCCAUUGGUUUGGGAGUUCACAUCAGUGCGGAAGGAGUGCGGGGAACAUGACAAAGGGCGAGCGAUCCAUUUGGUACCGGAUAGCGGUACCCUCAACGACCACAUACAAGCUGUAGGUUAUUCUUCACGUGUUUAUGGUAGAAAAAUGUUAAAUUGUUAAAUGCCAUUGGGGUACAAGUAGCUGGCCACCAAAACCCAAGCAUAAUCCUUUCAAUUUUUGCAAUGGUCUGCUUGCCCAUUUUUACGUUGACAUUAUUAUGCAUAGGUUUCUUUCCGGCAAAGAUUCAUAUAUUCAUGAGUGUUCCCUUUGGUGAGAAACUGUUUCAUUUUAUUUCGAAUUUCAGCAUUUUUAGCAUUAUUUCAUGAAUUGCUGUAAAAAAAGAAAACUAAGCGCAACAUGUGUCAGAGAUCAUUCGGAAUGAAUAAAGGAAGAAAAACAUAAAACAGCACACAACAUGCAAAAGACAUUCCAAAAACACCCGGGCACCCAGUGCUCCCUUUGGGUGGCGCGAGACGAACAGGGAAAGAAUAGAUCGUUCAAAGCGUGCAAAGAGAAGAUGUGGUGUAGGAUAACAACAAAACGAUAAAAAAAAACUUGCUAUUCAAAGUAGCGACGCAAGAUUAGUAGAAGGAAAGAAAAAAAAAGAUAAAAACGAAGGUUUUGUACGCAUGUAAAAGUAUGUAACUGAAUGCCUCACCUCCAUC